AUAGCCGAGGGUCGAGAGUCGACUUAACCUCAAGCAAGGUCGAUAGAUGCGCGCGCACGUCAGUGUCGCUUCGAGCUGCGGUGCUGGAGGUAGACAGAAGGGCAGGUGUUUUUGUGUUUGUUGUCAAAUUUUGAUAAUCAUCUCCCGUUUCCGUAUCCGUGUUGGCUGGUAAAAAUUGUCAGUAACGCUGAUCGACGAGGCAGAAAUAAGCGUGGCGGUAUUACCGAGAAAUCGAGGCUGCGCGCGCUGGUCGAAGGCGGCCAUCAUUAAUUUCUCCCGAUAGAAUAUUAAUAGCAUUCAUUCAAGAAUUAUGUAUUUGUUUACCGAUUUGUUACGAUGUAGAAAUUAUUGACAACGCUAUUGCUUCGCGAAGUGGGCGAAUAUUGUCGGGGCGCCUCCGUAUCGCGUACCGGUAAUUGUCGCACCUGUUAUGGCUUGAAACUGGGAAAGUUAACCGUGACACGGAGAGAGACAAGUUGCCUCGCUGCUGCUUGCCUGCCUGCCUGCGCGUAACCACGCGACGUUUAAUGUGGCCAGUGGCUAUGUACCGUUAGUUGAAAAUCCUUCUCCAUUACUCGUUUGCCGAGUGCAGGAACGACGCUCGUAGACGCCGUGGAGAGCGUCUUUAACAAGCUGAAUACAAUUGUGUUGCGCGGUGGUGCUGAAACCGUCGGAAAGGAGUCUGACUCGAGUUAGCACGGCCCUGAGCAGCGUGUAUGACGUAUGCAAAGCACAGUGAACGCUUGAAAAGCCUCGGCGACGAGGAACGCUUAACCCGUAGAAAUGAGAAAGUUGGUGCUGUGAAUAUCGAGAACACACGGUCCGCACCGAGGAACGGGCCAACCACACAAUCAAGGAGGUGCUCACUGCACGAAGGAUACCAGUCGCGUCGGAACUAACCGGGGUAAGUAGGACGUGCGUGUGAAACGUUUAUUCCCGUGGCAGGAGCGAGUGUUUGUCGAACGGCGUAGAGGUAGUUCUCUCUCGUUAAGCGUGGCGAGCGGGAGAACGAGCCGAACUCGGUUCAACCGCGCGUCUUUCCGUACUCGUACUCGUCGACAGCCUUUUCGACGAUAGAUCCCGUCCCGUUCCGGAUUCCCCACGUAUCGUACCGCGUCCCGCUGGAGAUAUCGGAGCUGGGCUCGAUUGGGAGGAAAAUCGUCGCUCGCGGGUUUCCGCCUUAGAGCCAGACCAGCCAGCCAGCCGACGCGAGAGAUACGAUAAGCUGUGAAAAAUGAAUUUCACACCGUUUCCUGGGUUCACAACAGGGUCUAUACCCACUGGGACCGUUCAUCAAUUUGCGACUGCAAAAUUCGCACAAAAUUUAACCACUGGGGGUCAAGUUGUCGGUGUGUUGUCCGGAGGCGAAGGUGGCGUACAUUAUCUUAGACCUGUUGAUCCAAAUGGGUUCACUACUGUCACGCAGGGUGGCAAUAAUCAGCAACCACAAAUCAUUACUUUGCCUAUCACUGUACCUGGCAAAGAUGGUACCCAACAACAGCAAACGGUCCAGAUCCAGGUCGUCAAUCCAAAUGUUACUCAGAGUGGGAAUAGCGGGGACCAGCCGAAGUAUCAUUUGGCUCCUCUUUCUUUGGGCCAGUUUCCUCAGGGUGCAGCAACCGUAUUGACCGUUGCUUACAGCCAGCAGGAUGCUGAUGGUGUUCAAAUUCAAGUCCAGCCACAGAAUACCAUUGCUACAACCCAAACAUCGGAUCAAACGACUCAGAGUACGUCGACGGCUGUGACGACAACGUCGCAGCAAACGAUUCAACAAACCGUCCACCUUCCUGGUGCUCCGGAAGGCCUAACCGUAGUGGCUCAAAUACCACAGGAUUUGAUACUUAGAGACGGUAUGGAUGAAUCAAAAGAGGAUGUCAAGGAGGGUACAACGCCCGUAGCACUGAUAAAGAGGGGUACUGUCAAAAACCAGGGUAACCAAAGCAACGAAGAAUUGAUAACUUCGAUGCCUGCUAGUUGGCAGAGUUUAGCAACGCCUGGAUCGACUGUAGCUGACUAUUUGUCCAGACUGCCGGCGAGCACGCUACCGUUAAGCUUACAUUCCUUUUUGAAAUUCUCCGCGGAGACAAUUAAGAGAGAGGAGACCAUUGAAUCUAGUCCCUUGAGCGCAGAUGGACUAGAGGUUCCAGUUACUACAGCCUCUGGGGAACAAUCCGUUCACAUUACAGUAGCGGGUACAGAGACGGAAAUUACUCCGGACGUUGUAGAAGCCGCGGAACCUGGUACAAAGCCAAAAAAGAAGAAGAAGUACAAGAAGAAGCCGCCAAAGCCAAAGAAACCAAAACCUGGCCAGGUGACGAUCGCUACCGCGCUUGAUGGAACAACGCUGUUUUGUUGCCCUCAGUGCAACAUGGCUUAUCCAGAGAAAGAAUUGCUAGAACAACAUUUAAUCGGACAUAAAAUCGAAAGGAGAUUCAUAUGCGACAUGUGCGGGGCUGGAUUAAAACGUAAGGAACAUUUGGAACGGCAUAAGUUGGGCCACAGUCCCGAGAGACCGUUCACUUGUUCUGUAUGCUUGAAGGGGUUCAAGAGAAAAGAACACCUUAAUCUUCAUUUUGUCAUACACUCCGGUCAGAAAACAGAAGUAUGCACGGAAUGCGGUAAGGCAUUUUACAGAAAGGACCACCUUCGCAAACAUGCUAGAUCCCAUUUGGCUAAGAGAGUGAAGGAUGAUCCGUUGAACACUGCGGACAAUUCUCAAAGCCAACAACAGAAUCAGCAGCAUGAGGAACAACAGCACCAGGAACAGCAGCAGCAGCAGCAGCAGCAGCAACAACAACAAAACAAUGUGCCCGAAUUACAGCAAAUUCAAAUUCAAGUUGGUCAGGGAUCUGGAGCCCAGAUUCACCAAAUUUCUGUUAGCGAACAAUCUACAGUUGUGCUACCAACUGCGGCUGAAACUGGUGCCAUGGCCAUGCUACAUCAUCAGCAACAACAGCAUUAGCAACAGCCUACCGCCCAUAUUCAAACGGGGCGGUAUUUUCGGUUUAAUCAUGAGCAGGCCAAGGGAAGAGUAAGGCAAAACGUACAGAAUAAUUGAACAAUUGAAUUAAACGAAGACUCUAAGUGUUGGAAAUUGUACAAUUUGACAAUGUGGCCGUCGUAUUUAAUUUACUCUGUUUGUUUCUGGUUUAACAUCUAAGUACAAACGAAUUUCUCCAGUAGCAUUUGAAUUACAUCUAUUGAAAGUGUUUUGUAGUAUUUUGUUAUUUCAGAUUAAAACAACUCGAUCUUGUUAGUAGUUUUUAAUACUUAGAGUCCAAGUUAUCUAAGGUUUUCAAUUCUCAGUAUCAUAUGCAAUGGUAUCUGACAUUAUACCAGAGGCGAUGAUCGUUUUUUGGCAUAAAUCGAAUAGCUAAAUCAAUGUAUAAAAACUUUUUGACCAUCUAUUACGAAUAUCUGGGUUUAAAAAUAUUAACGUAGAUGAGAUUACAUAACUCCAGGUACAUUCGAAAAUCAUCAAGAUUUUAGAAUACUUGCGUUAGCGAGAUGCCGUUUUACUGUUUCCAUAGAAUCUACAAAUUGACAUAAUGAAAUUUCGUUACGUCGGUUUCUGUUGUUGUUUGUGUAUCUUGUAAAUUUUCCACAGAAAAAGUACAUGCUUGAUCAAUUAUAGGAUUGUUAAGGUUCAUGUGAUGUAAAUUCUCCAAAUUCGCAUCAGUCCGUUUUGUCUGACGACAGAAAGUAAUCAUGAUAAGUUUUUCUACUCGUUUUCUGAGUCAGAUUUUUUUCCUGAAUGGGGCGAAAACAAUAGUUUUUCUCCCAUUUGCAGAAUGCCCAAUGUAUAUUUAUCUUAUGACAUUUUAUAUAAUUUAAUCACCAUGUGGUACUAGCAAAUGAGCUACGCAAAACCUUGAUCAUUAUUUUGUUUUUUCUUAUAUCGAAUUUCUUCUGAGGAUUAUGAACUACAGAAAAUACAUGUGAUCGGUGAGAAUGUAUCACUUAACGUUCACGUAGGUUGAAUGCCAUUAUCGAUCGAAUUUUGGCAAAGAACAUCACAGAUUGUAUUUUAUUGCAUUUGUGCAGGGAAAGUAAUAUAUGUAUGAAAUAUGACAAUUUAUUAGUUUGUUGAAGCAAAUCGAAUAAGAAAUGUAAAUUAUACUGAAAAUAAUUUUAAAUUUAGUUCAUUUCUGACAUAAGUUAUACAUAAAUGAUUAGCGGUAUGUAAACAGAAAUUGAUAGGAGCUAUUAUUGCUGGCUAAAAUUAAAUUAUUACUGACGUAAUUCUAACGUGCAAGUAGGAUUAAAACAAAGUGAAUAUAUUUUUUAAAGCACCAUCUGGAAUUACUAGGGGUAAAAAUAAUUGAAUUUGAGCUCGCAGAAUAAAAAUCAUGGUAAUCCUUGAUAGAAAAAUGCUUAUAAUCAAUUGUAAAUACAGGAUUUUGCAUUAAAAAAAUUAAAAAAAAAAAAAAAUAACUACACGACUAAGUACCAACUGAAAAUAACACUGCAGCAUGUAGAAUAAAUAUGAUUAUUUAUUCUCAGUAAGGCAAAUCAACUGAUUGUGUUGAAUUGCAAAAAAGGACAUUAAGAAACAGAUAUACAAUAACUUUGCGACGUCUAAACUUUUACAUAUAUGUAUGCAUACAUACACGUUGUAAAACAAAGAUUGCUGUAUAUUUUUACAAAGGCAAUAUCUGACACUUGUGACACGUAUAAUAUUGAACUAUAAUGAGUAUAAUGUUGAGGUAAUAAAGAACCUCAAAUAAAUAUAGGAUAAUUAUAUAGCUUAUAUUUUUCAGUACAUAUUAGCAUGAGCUGUGUUCAAACAAAAAUUUAGAUUUAGAGAAAGAUGUCAGUUUUUUUUACGCGUGUCAAACAUUGGGAUCUUUUUUUCUUUAUGUCUUCCCCGCAUAGAACGACGUUAUUUACUUCUACAGAACAUUCGGUAAAGUUGAAAAUCAUAAAUCAAGUAAAUUAUCGUAUAGGUAAUGAAAUAUUAAACAAAUAGACUCAGCUUCGACUUCCUGCGAACUUAGCUCGCUUAAAUAUAAAUUUAUUUUCGAACGUACAAUCUAAGUAACUAACUGGUAGUUAGCCUUAUAUUUCUCAUAAAUCUUGGAGAUGGUAUUUAUAAAAUAUAAUUUUAACACUACAUAGCUGUACGUAUGGAAUUUGUUAUCAAUAAGUUGAUAUAUUUGAAGAAAGAAAGCCAACAAAAAAAUGAUUAAAAACUAAAUAAAAAACAAACCAACAAAA